AUGAAGAAAGAGAGAGAGAGUACGGUGACUGAAUUUGUUUUGCUGGGCCUCUCUCCAUCUUGGGAAAUGCAGCUGUUCUUGUUUAUCUUCUUCUUCCUGCUUUAUGCAGUAACGCUGUUCAGCAACUUCCUCAUCCUCCUGGUGAUUUCAAAGAAUCACCACCUUUUCAACUCACCCAUGUUCUUUCUGUUGAGUCAUCUGGCUUUCCUAGAUAUCUGCCUGGCUUCCUUUGCAACCCCCAGGGCUCUCCUUGGUUUCCUUACCCAGCAUCAAGCCAUCUCCUUCCCGAGCUGCAUGACACAAAUCUUCUUCCUUCACCUCUUUUCAGGCAGUGAAAUGCUUUUGCUAACAGCUAUGGCCUAUGAUCGAUACGUGGCCAUCUGUCACCCUCUCCACUAUACCUCAUUCAUGAGCCGGUGCCACUGCAUGGGGUUUGUGGCAGCCUCUUGGGCUGGUGGGCUCCUCCACACCAGUGUGCAGUUGAGCUUCACUGUAAAUUUGCCAUUCUGUGGACCCAAUCAGAUAGACAACUUCUUCUGCGAUAUCCCCUUGGUCAUCAGGUUAGCUUGUGUGGACCCGUAUCCCUUAGAGGUCAUGAUGGUGACCAACAGUGGCAUCUUAUCAUUGGUGUGCUUUGUGGCAUUGCUUGUCUCCUAUGGACUCAUAAUGUACACAGUUCGUUCCAGACACCCCUCUGAGGGGUCCUCUAAGGCUUUCUCCACAUGUACUUCACACCUCAUAGUGCUCACCAUGUACUUUGGACCUUGCAUAUUCAUUUACUUGCGCCCACAUGCCCGUUUCAUCUUUGACAAAGUGAUCUCCAUCUUCUAUACAACAGUUACCCCUUUUCUCAAUCCUGCUAUCUAUGCUCUGAAGAAUAAGGAGAUGAAGGCUGCAAUGGGAAAGUUGGUGGUAAGACAUUCAGGACAGGUCUCUGCACAAGUUCAUGCUAAUCCAGCAGGAAAACUUUCCUGGUGGAGACACAAGAGGAAUUGGUGUCCACGCAGGUCCGUCUUGAACUCAGUGUCAUUGUUACAAAUUGUAUAA